AGCCAGCUGGGAAAACACGCUCAUUUGCUACUCAUUCCGGUUCAGCCCCGCUUGAUGCUUGAUCUGUAUGCCAGCAGCAAAACAGCGCCGCCAGACCAAUUCAGUCUCGGAAGUAAAGUCGCUGAAAGCGGACGCUCGUUGCUCGUUUUUCGUCGAGACAUCGCUCGCCUGUUCGCGUGUGAGAAUAGCAUUAUUUUUGCCGUUUUGUUGUGAUUCUUCUGGUUGGGUGAGAAGAGACGACGUCAUCGAGACAGGGAAGACGACGACGCCGGCGACUGGCCAAUCGUAGUCCGAGCUGCUAAGUGAUCGAACUCGACGGAAUCGAUCGAUGCGUCGCUGCUAAACAAGGCUGCAAACAAAGUACGUGCUGUGUGCAGUGGCGGGGAUUAAUUCAUCAUGAUGAGGUCGUCGUUACCUUGGAGCAGGUGGCCUGGUCACGUUGUGGCUGCAGCAGUGCUUUGCUGUUGCAUCUGCGUACUGCUUCCCCUUGUCCAGGGACUAGACGGACAGGAAAUUGAUCUCGAAUUUGCCAAUCACGGACGAGACACUGCCGUUGCCACUGCUGAUAAAGUUGUUUCGGAUUCGAAGCACGCCGAUGUGGCCACACGGCGAAAGCCAACGGAAUCGUGGGUGGUGCGGCGGAGAGACAAACCAAAUAAAUCAUCCUCGAAAAAGUUCGUGGAAACAGACUGGGUCGAAGAUUCGCAACAGUACGGAAAAUCGAAGAAAUCAAUCUACGAUAAGAAAUAUUUCGAUUAUCUGCCUGCGGAGCUAAAAGACUCUCCCGAGACUUCCGCCGACGUGCCUUUAUCGAAACGAACCAAUAGCAGGAGAAUUCGACGCGGUGCCGAAUCCACCGAAGACGCAGAUGAAUCGCGACGCUCCAAGAGGCACGGCUGGUACGUUCAACCAGUGGCGUCCUACUCUUACACGGUGCCCCAGAUGGUAUAUUCCGUCGGUAGCUGGCCGCCAGUGGUGUCUCAGCAGUACCCAACGGUCUACCAGCAGCAGCCGAGCUUGCCGUUUGGACCUACGUACGGGAACAGAGGUCCGUUUACUACGCCGGCCACCGUAGAUCGGACAUAUCUUCCUCCCACCACCACCAGAAGACCCAACUCUACGCCACCGGAUCGGACCUAUCUGCCCGUUCCGACCCCGUCUCCGAACGGUGAAGGUCCAGUUGAUGGUGGCCUCGGUAAUCGCUUCAACUUUGAGAACAAUCCAGACCGGUUCGUUUUCGAUGUCGUGUAUGACAAUAACAGAGUAAACUAUAAUUUGAUGCCACGGCCUCAGCAAGGACGAAUUCCCCCGACAACCAGGCGUCCACAGGCAUCGUUCCGGCCGGAAACUGCCACGGUUGGAGAUCCCGGACGAACCACGACCACUCCACGGCCGUCGAUUCAGCACAACAGCGAUGACGACUACGAUUGGUCCAGUCUCGGCCUUGACUCUGACAUUGGAAAUAGACUAGGAGCCGGUGGAGAUGACUCGAACAAUGACGUUUCUGGCUCUGGCACCGGAAAUCAGAACCGGAAGAAACCCUCCAAGUGCACGUGGGCAAUUGCCAACUGUUGCAGUCACAAUUCGGACCGAAUUCGUUACUACUGCUUCGAGCAAAAUCAGUGCUACGGUGCAUUCUGGGGUGAAAAUGUCUGCCGCAGGUACUUCCAGGCAGCGUUGAAGGAAAUUGAAACCUACUACGACAUUUGAUCCGGACAAACAUUGGGUUUGUACAUUUGAAGUUCUUAACGAGCGGAUACUCCCAAUAUCUUAGUGGGGAUGAGGAAAACAUAUAUUUAUUAGGGUGGUUCGAAUUUGACUAUUCACAUUCUAUUGUAAAGCUGAACUGUAUGGGUAUAAUGAUUCUAAAUCAUUCUAACAUUAGCUAGAUGGGAUAAAAACUCGAGCAGCCCAAGCUGAAUACGUUUUCCAUGCGAUUUUGUAUAGGGAGCAUGUUGGCAGUUUUUUUUCAAUUCAUGUCAACAUCAUAAGCCGGCUUCUGGCAAUUCAUUUGGAGUAGGUACUUAAUAUCGAUAUUUUUAUGAAGCUCUCCGUAACGAACACGAAAAUGGCUUAGGCUGCUCUAGCUUUCGUAAAAUUGUGCUCAUAUUUCAGAUUUUGGAUUAGUACACCUUAGAAAUUCAGCUCUGCAACGGAAGGCGAUGAGUUAAAUUUGAACUUCCCUAAUAUUUAUUUUUGUACAUCAAGAAGCAGUGCAUGUUUUUUUCGCAGUAUAUUCAGAUGUCAAUAAAAAAUACUAUCGAAAAUUUGAGUGCUAGAAAUCUUAUUGUCCUUUGUUAAGCAACUUUUUUUUUCAUUUUGAACUAUCUAUAAUUUGUAAAUAUAUAUUAAUUAAUCUUGCCCCACAUGGUUCUACAUAAUAAAAAGAUUCAU